AUGGACUUAUUUGACUGGCAAACUUAUUUUCUUGCCAACAUUUCUAUUUUAUCAGAAAGCUGGUCAUCGCCCCUUUCUGAAACUACUACCUCACACAUGUCUAUAGCCAAUAAAAACCUGACACGUUCUGCAACAACACCUUCGAGCGGCGGUAAUAGUGCUGCACUCGUUUCUCCCGUAGACUUUUUAUCCAACACGCCUACCAGUAUAACUCGUGUCUUAACAUACACUUCACCAUUAGUACAUUCAUUUUCGCAUUUUCUAUCGCUAGUAACUUGGCAAACAAAUAAUCCUUCAGAAUCAUGCUUAUUGGUUGCUGCCUGGUGGACUAUUUGUUUAUUUCCGAGGGAACUUCUAGUUUAUGGAACUCAUAUAAUGUUAAUUGGAUGGAUUGGUUGGCGUUGGGUAGAAAAGGGAAAGCGUGAGAGGCUUGGUAAACCUAAUUCGGUUGCUCGGUCGGUUUCACAACUUGAUUUAAAUCAGACGGUUGAAGAAAUUCAAAAAAUUUCCGAAAAGCUCACCGAUUUUCAUGGAUUUGUCAAAGACAUAGAUUUAAGCGUUGAUUGGUCAAAUCCCUCACAGACACAAAUUGUUAUACUGGGUCUUUUAUACUCUUAUCCAGUUUGGAUAGUUUUGAAUUUCUUUAUAUCGCUUAAAUGGAUCUUUCUCGUUACUGGAACUGUUGUAUUGGUAUGGAAUGGUUCAUGGUUUAGAGUCAUAAGAUAUUCAUUGAUGCAAUCUCCCUUGUUCCGUGGAACAAUAAGCUUCUUGAUUGGAUUUAUAUGGGGAGGUCGAUUGAAACAAGAAGGCGUUCGUGGAUUCUCUGUAGCCUCUUUGAUACGUAAAGCCAAAGAGCAACAAAAGAAACGUAUCGCGAGGAAAGCAUCAAAAGAUGAUUCAAAGACAUCCACCACUGAUCUCAUUUUUCGAUUUGUUCUAUACGAAAAUCAACGUUGGUGGUUGGGUCUUGACUGGACAACCAAUUUAUUCCCUAAUGAAAGACCUCCUUGGUCUGAUGAAUAUAAUGAACCUACCAAUAAUAAAAAUUCUUUCCAGCUUCCUCCACCAACAACAAGUCUAACCGCAUCUCCAAACGAGCCUAAUAUGCUUAUUCGCAAGACUGAGGAAUGGCGUUGGGCUGAUUCUGAUUGGUGGAUAGAUUUCGAAGGAGAUGUAGAUAAGGAUGGUUGGGAAUAUGCCGAUAACAGAUGGAAUAGUUUUUCGUCGAAAGGUGGAUUUCGUAAAUACACGCGACGGAGAAAGUGGGUGAGAGCUGCAAAGAUGGUCGAAACUAUUGAAAACGGUGUCAAACAAUUACCAAGAAUUUCAAGGGGGCCUGAUGGAAAAUUUGAACUAAAUGGAAUUCAGAACCUAAAUCCGGUAGUAACGCCAAAGAGUGAUCUGAAUGGAGGAAAUCCCUCCACCCUCACACAAAAUUUGGUUAUCAAUCGAGAUACUGGAGGUUUUAGACUUGAUAGAACUGCGCCAGAACCAUCAUCACCCACCGCUCAGGCAGAAGUUAUUACAGUAUAUGGAAUUUUUGGAGUUAUUAAAUUAAUUUCUGGUGAAUAUUUGCUGGUAAUCACUGAAAGAGAACGCAUCGGUAGAUUGGGAGGGGCACAUGAUAUAUUUAGAGCAAAGCAGAUAAGAAUACUUCCGAUUAGCCGGCAUACCACUUAUUUAAGCGAAAAUCAGAUAAAAGACGAAGCUCGCUUUCUGGCUUUAAUUGACGCCCAACUCAAAAUUGACGCAUAUUAUUUUUCGUACACCUACGAUUUGACUCAAACUUUGCAAAGACAAGCCCAAUUUGGAGAUUUGGCAAAUAAGCCGUUAUGGGAAAGAGCAGACCAAAGAUUUUUUUGGAAUCGUUACCUUCAAUCGAAACUUAUCGAUAUUACCGAACAAGGCAGUGAUCAAAAUGGAUAUACUAUUUAUCCUGAUAUCGCGUCGAAGCAGGUUCCGGGCACACGUUUCUUUUCGCGUGGUAUUGAUGCGCAGGGUAAUGUCUCAAAUUACAAUGAGACUGAACAGAUAGUGUUAUUGGAUCCCAUUCGCGAUGGUUAUCCAACAGGAGCUUUUGAAGGAAAAAUCAGAUUGUCAUACGUUCAAACACGAGGUUCAAUUCCGAUUUACUGGUCACAGAUCGGCAAUAUGAGAUACAUACCAAAAUUACAAAUAAUGGAUUUGCCUCAUACUACUCGUCGCCAUUUUGAUGAACAAAUUAAAAUAUAUGGAGAACAAAUAUUAGUCAAUCUUGUAGACAAUAAAGGAUAUGAAUAUCCAAUGGCGGUGACCUACGAGAAUACAGUCAGACGUCUUAAUGAUCCACGGUUGCAUUAUGUACACUUUGAUUUUCAUCACGAGUGCCGUAAAAUGCGCUGGGAUCGAAUUCAAAUUCUUAUUGACAGAAUCGAAGAAGAGUUACUAAAACAAGGAUAUUUUUAUUCCGAACAGACAAACUCUAAUGCUCAUAUUCAUCGGUUACAAACUUCGGUUGUACGCACUAACUGCAUGGAUUGCUUGGAUCGAACAAAUGUGGUUCAAUCUGCUUUGGCUAAAUGGGUUUUGACCCAACAAUUGAGAGAGGUUGGCGUCUUAAGUAACAAAGAACGAAUCGAUGAAAUUCCUGAAUUUAUGCAUCUAUUUAGAAAUGUUUGGGCUGAUAAUGCUGAUGCAGUUAGCAUUGCAUAUUCGGGUACUGGAGCUCUGAAAACAGAUUAUACACGUACUGGUAAACGUGGUGCAGCGGGAGCAAUACAAGAUCUCCAAAAUUCCAUCACGCGUUAUAUAAAGAAUAAUUAUAUGGAUGGUUCUCGACAGGACGCGUUUGAUCUCAUAUUAGGGAAUUAUAUGAUCUCUAGUCACUCAUCUCUCAUUGAUACUUACCCAGCCUAUGUAAAAGCUUUCCCGAAGGCUAUAUUUAUUCUAAUAAUGUUAUCGAUAUUUACAUUGAUCGUUCCUCAAUCAGAAGCGUAUCCUAACUUGAAUCGAAUACUUUUCUGGGGAACUAUAUUUUUGGCUAUCUUUCUUAUUAAUUUCGUGAUGAAAAAUGGAUCUGAUUUUAUAGAUUGGCCAAUUCUUGUGCCACCAGAGUAUCGGCAUUAUCAAGGCCCUACUAUUACUGCAGAUUCACUGAAAUUCUCGCAGAAUCGACGUCAAAGUGAAUUAAUGGAAUAUGGCGAAAAGAUUGAAUUGCAAAAGAUCGAUCUGUACCUCCGACUCUUUAAGAAACUUCUUCAGCCACGGUACCUAGUAGUCGUCCUAAUUACGACAAUUGCCUUAUUAGCAACCACUAUUGCUCUGAUUGAAGUGCAAGAAGAAAACGAAGACGAAGAGGAAGAGGCUGCUCGCGACGAAUAA